CAAUAAGGAAGGCGAUAAUGGGGGUGAAGUUGCUCGUUUGGUUACGCGAGUGUGAUCACAGCAGUUAAGUGGCAGAAAUUUGGGCGCCUUAAAAGUGAGAAGAGGCUCCAUGGAUCUGCAGGAUUUCCUUCUCCGUGCUCGAGUCUUGAAGCUUUUCAGGCAAGCAUUGAGAAUUGCUGGCCGAGCCCCUUCUUCUUCUAGAGCUGAACUGAGACAGACAAUUAGACAAGAGAUGGAAAAUAAUAGAAAUUGCAAUGACAAGCGAAGGAUCCGAUACUUGAUUAGUGAGGGAUUGGAUAGACUGAAACGACUGGAUGAAAUGCUUGAUAUGCAAGGUCACCAUUGAUCGAGUGAAUAUAUAUCGGUAUGUAAUAAAAUAUCUUCCCUUUACAGAAGAGUAAACAGUCAAAUUCAUUCAUGAAUUUUAUGUAUGGAUAAUAUAAGUCCUUGAAUAAUGGAAAUUACGCUUAAGAUUCCUGAAUGUGUAAUUUUUGGUCAAAUUAGUCUCCACGCCCAUGCAUCUUGGGGAUUUAUUUCCAUAACAGAAAUACACAUUUGGGAACUAGUCUGACAGUCAAAUACAAAUUUAGGGAUCGCAACUGUAAUCUUCAUCUUUUAAGAAUUAAUACAAUUGAUACUGUAUUUUUUAAGGAUUAAUUUGAUUAUUUAAACUUUUCGAGGAUUUAAGGUAUAUUAACUAGCCAUUUCAAGCGGUAAGGAAAAAAAAACGAAAAGAAUGCCCGCAGAAAUUUGUUUCCCUAGUUUUUACAAUAAUAUCAGGUGUUCAUUUUUGGUUUUCGUCCUACAUUAUUAUUUUUCUCUAUAUGAUGGUAUUUCACAUUAAUCUGGCUGCAUGUUCUACUUCUAACAGUUUUUACCAAUGUUUCAUGGUGACCUGAGUUCUCUUGGUCUGAAGAAUUUUGAGUUGAAAAUAUGAACCACGGAAUACAUGAAAGCUGUACCUCUGCUAAAGCAAUCACAAAGGGUAAAUAGAAGGACGACUUCGGGUG